UCACAGAGCGCAUGCGUGCCGCGGGGCAUGCCGGGAGCGCGCAGUGGCGGCAGCAGCGGCGACGGCAGUAGCAGCGGCUACAGCGGAGACGCGAGCGGGGCGGUCACUGUUUGGGAAGUGGUCUCACUCUUGGGGAAGCUGCUGGGCACCGUUGCCGUCCUGAAGGUCGUUUUGUACCUGCUCCGGGUGUGCUUAGCGAUGGCCUGGAAAUCCGGCGGCGCCAGCCACUCGGAGCUAAUCCACAAUCUCCGCAAAAAUGGAAUCAUCAAGACAGAUAAAGUAUUUGAAGUAAUGCUGGCUACAGACCGCUCCCACUACGCAAAAUGUAAUCCUUAUAUGGAUUCUCCACAAUCAAUAGGUUUCCAAGCAACAAUCAGUGCUCCACACAUGCAUGCAUAUGCACUAGAACUCCUAUUUGAUCAGUUGCAUGAAGGAGCUAAAGCUCUUGAUGUAGGAUCUGGAAGUGGAAUCCUUACUGCGUGCUUUGCGCGUAUGGUUGGACCUACUGGAAAAGUCAUAGGAAUUGAUCACAUUAAGGAGUUGGUAGACGACUCAAUAAAUAACGUCAGAAAGGAUGACCCAAUGCUUUUGUCUUCAGGGAGGGUGCGUCUGGUUGUGGGGGAUGGAAGAAUGGGCUAUGCCGAAGAAGCUCCGUAUGAUGCUAUUCAUGUGGGAGCUGCAGCCCCAGUUGUGCCCCAGGCACUAAUAGACCAGCUAAAGCCUGGUGGAAGAUUGAUACUGCCAGUCGGUCCGGCAGGUGGAAACCAAAUGUUGGAGCAGUACGACAAGCUACAAGAUGGCAGCAUCAAAAUGAAGCCUCUGAUGGGGGUGAUAUACGUGCCUUUAACAGAUAAAGAAAAGCAGUGGUCCAGGUGGAAGUGAUUUUCUCUUCUGCUCUUUCUUCUUCCACACUUGCAAGGGAUGAACUGUAAAAGCAACAUCAGCUUGACCAGUACGUAAUAUUACAGUGGAUUGCUCAUCUCAGUCCUCAGCUUUUUGAAAACCAACAGCAUCACAGCUUGUUUUGGACUUUGUUACACUAUUAUUUUCAGCAUGAAAAUGUGUGGUUUUAUAGGGUUUCUAAUUUUCAAAGAGGCACAGAGCCAAAUUAGUAGAUGAAGGAUGCAAAGUAUAAAUUUGUGUUUAUUACUUUAACAUGCCCACAUUUUACUUUAAAAUAUUAAAAGAAGCAGUUCUACAAAAUGGAAAACUUAAGUUUGUGAAUUCUGAUUUUGAGGAGUGAUUUCUUUUCUUGGACACUUAAUUCGCUUGUGAUAUUAAUUUAUCAGAUUGCUUUUGUGCAUCAGAUAACACCACCUUUCACAUGUUAAGAUUCUUGCUAUUUGGAUGUCUGAUAGAUGCUACUAAGAAAAUAGAGAUGAGCUUCCCUUUUUAAAGCUUUGAUGUGGUGUCAUAGAAUAGCAUGUUGUAGAUACAAUCAGCUGCUUUGUUACCUUAAAACUAAGCAUUUGUAAAUAUUAAAACUUAAGAUGGCAGGUGAUGUCCCUUAACACACUCAGCUGUUCCGAUUGGACAUAACUGUCAUAGUGCUUCCUUUCUCUCUUUAAAAAUUAUAGGAGACUUGUAGCUCAGUAUUGUUUCUGUUUCUGAUUUGCUGAUAAUGUAUAUGGAUUUCACAUGCUGUGUAAGCUGUGUCCUAGUUACUGAACAGUUUAUGCAGUGCUGCUUUGCCAAAUAAAGUUAAAAGUAAAAGAGGCA